GUUUGAAAGUAGGCCUCAGUCGUACAGUCAGUUGUUGACUACUUCUCCAGACGAUUGGACAGAGCAAUGAUAUUACUAAUGAUUUUGAUAAGCGUUUUCGGCCUAGUCCGAUGCCUGGACCAACUGCCGACAACGUUUGAGAUCGAGUCAUCGAUCAACCGGACUAUUGAACAAGUAGAGCGGAUGAUAGAUCAAAACUCGAAGCUGCCAAAAUUAUCACGAAAACAGAUUGUUGAUAUUCUUUUCAAUAUAACAACCCAUGACAUUGAGUCGAUGGAGGAAUCAGUGAGAAAAGCGAGAUCGGAUUAUCAACGUGCAUUGAUGGUCGUGUUGCCGUACAAUUCGAAAGACGCUAAAAAUGAAGACAUAAAAGAUUUGUACACAAAACCACCUAUGGUUCAAGUGAUUCCAGAUUCUGGGAGUAUGUUACCGUUUUCGUCAAUUCAUGAAGAGUCUCCUGGAUCAGAUCCGGUUUUUGACAAUUUUAUCAAUACUAGGUAUGUCGAGGAGAUAAAUAACGAAUUUGGAAGUAUGCAAGAGGGUCAUGGGAAAGCUGAUUCAGAACCGGAGAGAUUCAGUUUGAUUUCAAACUGGGAUAUUCCAGCAAGUAAACUGAGUGAAUCAGAGAAAAUGAAUAAAUCUUCAAAUGGGAAGCAGAAACUGGAUAUUGUUUAUAGCACAGGCGGAACUGAGAAGCCUACCACAAUAAUGUUUAAGACAACAUCUGAACCAAUAAGUUCUUUUAGACCGACGAUGCCGACAACAAAGUCAACAGUUAAUGUCCUGACAUCAGAUCAAUGGAAAUAUUUCGCGCCUCCGGUUACACCUAAAGCUACAACUACUUCUACUACGACUACAACAACAACAACAACAACAACAACUACGACCACACAGAGACCUACGACGACAACCACAAAACAGCCACCGGUAAUUACUACCAAUGAAUCUCAUAAAAUUUGGAAUUGGAGUAAACCUGAACCUUUUCUUCCAACAGUACUGUCAUCAAGUUUAACGGAUGGACAAGUACCAUCGGCAGUACCUCCAUUUAAAAAAUUACCGCAGACAACAGUAAAGCCGGAAAUAGUAACUUUUGAUAUGAUGGAUUACGAAAUGAUGAACGACGAACCACAACCGAUGGUAUUUGUCACGCCAAUGUCAUCGACAUCAACAUUGAAGAAUAAAAAAAAAUUCAGUGCUUCAUUUUCUACCGAGAUGGAAGAUGAUUCUGAAGCCAAGACUCCAGUACCCAUGAGAAAAGAAGUAAUGACGCUAUUAAAGUCAAUUGGAUUGGAUGCAAGUGAAACUAAAUCAAAUAAAGUAGAAAAUUCUAAUUUAGCGUCAGGACAAGGAAUUUUUUCAACCAAUUUCGAGAUUCCAGAGUCUGAUAACAUUUUACCGAGCCAUAUGUCUGCGUUGUCAUCCACCGGAGUAGAUUUACCCUCGAUAACUAGCCAGAAUACCUUUGAAGAGACUCCAAAGGACGUACGACAAGGAUUUAACAAUUUAACGCCAGAUGUGCAGUGGCUAUUUCAGCGAUUUGGUCUCGAGGUUUUGAAAGAACCCGAGAAACCACUGACUACGACCACCAAGAUCCCGGUUCUUUCAACAUUUCGCAGUUGGAAUAAUUUCAAACCACUUCCCACGUCUCAUGUGCAGGAUGAGUCAAUGCGAGAUUUCCUCGCAAAAUUUGGCCUCGGAGUCGACAAUCGAAAUCGCAAGUCAAUGAAAUUCGAUAAAACUCUUGAAACCAGCACCUCUUCCGUCAUAGAAGCCGUUCCCGAUAACAUGAGAGGUAUUCUUGCCAACAUAGGACUCAUCGAACGCAAGUACGUGCCCGAGAAAGUAAAAGUAUCCGCCAGAAGUAACUCCGACAUUUCAUCAUCUAAAUUACACAUUUUCAAGCCUCACGAGAUUCAAUUAAAUGACCAACGGCAGAAAAUAAAGAUAAAUCAACUUUUAGACACCGUUAGAUUGGCUCAAGAAGGCAAAGCUCAGGUUUCAGAUGUUCGUAAAGCCGCGAACGAGCUUUUAGAAACUUCUAAAACUCUCAAGGAAGGUCCAGAUCCACUCAAUUUGGAAGAACUCAUGCGUAUGUACAGCAAUGACGUCAGAAAUGAGGUCAAGAGGCAAAACAAUGACGAAAACUCCUCCAAGUCCGAAGGAAUUCCGGAUACUAAAGAGGAUUCAACUUCUGCGACGACUACUACUACCACCACCACCACCACUGAAAUGACGACAGGUGCUCGUGGAACCAACUCAUCAGAAAUUCCUGUAGACUCUGAAUUAUCUGCAGACUCUGUUGGUACCUCCAGCGAUUCGGAAACAAAGGUGGUAGAUUCACAGACCACGACGACAACUCAACUGCCACCGCUGACCGAAACCUCAAACAUCGACGACCUCGAAGAUUCAUUCGGAGGAGUAACAGAGUCUCCGGAUCCUGCGUUACCAGCGCCGAGAAAAACCGGUCUCUACUUCCUUCUCGACUGGAACAGCUUCUUGGAAGUCGGUGAAGAAGACAAAGAUAAAGUUAACUUGAGGUUCUCACCUAAGGUCGGAGACAGAACACAGUUUAUACCUGUAGUAAUACCCUAAGAACAUUAUUGUUAUUAAUAGAAUUAUCGUUGUAUUUAUAUAUUAUUUUAUUAAAAUUUUAUAUUAUAGAUUUAUAUA